CCUUAGCUCGCAGGUCUAGCCUUGCAUGCAUAGGUACUUCCUGUUUAGCUUGGACUCACCUGUUUUGACAGCUAGCGCCUUGUCCAAAGGUCUACUUUUACAAACCCACAGUAUUAUUAGCGCGGUGAGGAAAAGACUGUGGUGACUGUAGGGGCUGCCCACAGAGCUGGGCGGACAGGAGAGUGAAGGGGAGAGCUUUAACCCUGGUCUCCCCCGCCGACCCUGAGUAAACCAGCCAGCCAUGGAUGACAGCUCCUCACUGGGAAAAGUCAGCAGCUCGACCGAGUCCGUGGCCACCGUCACCAGUGAGGAGUUUGUUCUGGUACAGUCCGGUGCUGCCGGUUCACCACAGGGCUCUGAGGGCAAACCAAGACUCAAGAUGUCUUGGAACGGAAGUGAGCAGCUGGAAAAAGCUAUGGAGGAGGUUUUGGAUGAUGAUGAUGAGGUGAAGGUGGAGAAGAGCAAUGUGGAAAAGAUGGAGAAGCACAGGGACUCCGACUCUGAGAGCCAAGUCCUGGAACCCCGACCUCCAGAAGUAUGUCCAGCACCAUCCAGCCCCACUAUCCUGGAGGAGGACAGUGUCCAGUUUAACAAGCUGUCCUACCUGGGCUGCACCUGGGUCAAAGCCCCUCGCAACGAGGCAGAGGCACAGAGGGCAAUGGCCACCCUGCGAGCUGAGAGUGCCAUCCCCAUCCCCAUCACCCUACACGUCCCUUGUGGACCAGAUGGCUCUGUCAGGAUUGUGGACCAGGCUUCAGGUACAGAGAUUGCCUCCUUCCCCAUUUACAAGGUGUUGUUCUGUGCUCGUGGACGGGGGGGCUCAGUGGAAAGUGACUGUUUCUCCUUCACCGAGAGUUACCGAAGUUCCGAGGACUUCCAGAUCCACGUCUUCUCCUGCCACAUCAAAGAAGCCGUCAGUCGUAUCCUCUACAGCUUCUCCACAGCCUUUCGGCGUUCCUCUCGGCCGGCAGACAUCAGGGACGCAGCGCUGUCCAGUCCGCCCGAAAGCGACCUCUACACCUUCACUGUCUCGCUGGAGAUCAAAGAGGACGAUGGCAAGGGCAACUACAGUCCAGUGCCUAAGGACAGAGAUAAGUUCUACUUCAAGUUACGACAGGGCAUACAGAAGAAGGUGGUGGUUUCAGUUCAGCAAAUGUGUAACAAGGAGCUGGGCAUCGAGAGGUGUUUUGGGAUGCUGCUGAGUCCAGGACAGAAAGUCUGCAACAGUGACAUGCAUCUACUAGACAUGGAGUCGAUGGGGAAGAGCUCUGAUGGGAAGGCCUACGUUAUCACAGGAACAUGGAACCCCAACAUGGCAACCUUCCAGCCACUGAAUGAAGACACACCUAAAGAUAAACAAGUCUACAUGACUGUGGCAGUGGACCUGGUAGUGACUGAAGUGGUGGAGCCAGUUCGCUUCCUGCUGGAAACUCUGGUCAGGGUCUAUCCGUCAAACGAACGUUUCUGGUACUUCAGCCGCAAGACCUUCAGUGAGACCUUCUACCUCAAACUCAGACAGCAAGCACCAGAGAGGGUGAGUCAGAGUGAUGCUGUGUAUGAGGUGGUGAGUCUUCAGAGGGAGGCAGAGAGAAGCAACGAUGGAAAAGGACAACUGGCCUCAUCCACUGAGGAUGAGGAUCCUGAUGAAGAUAGCGACAGUGAAAUCUCCAGUGGGACAGGAGAUGUUUCCAAAGACUGUCCUGAGAAAAUCCUUGAGUCCUGGGGAGGAAUCCUCAACAGAUGGCAUGGAAACCUGUCCACUCGUCCGAAGGGUUUGCCUUCACUGGUUCGCAGUGGCAUUCCUGAGCCGCUCAGAGCUGAAGUGUGGCAGCUGCUGGCCGGUUGCCACGACAACCACGACCUGCUUGAGCAUUAUCGCAUCCUCAUCACCAAGGACUCAGCCCAGGAGGGUGUCAUCACCCGGGACAUCCACCGCACCUUCCCCGCACACGACUACUUCAAGGACUCUGAUGGAGAUGGACAGGAUUCACUGUACAAGAUCUGCAAGGCCUACUCUGUCUAUGAUGAGGAGAUUGGUUAUUGUCAGGGUCAAUCAUUCCUCGCUGCUGUUCUCCUGCUGCAUAUGCCUGAGGAACAGGCCUUCUGUGUGUUGGUAAAAAUCAUGUAUGAAUACGGCCUCAGAGCUCUCUACAAGAACAACUUUGAGGAUCUUCACUGCAAGUUCUACCAGCUGGAGAGGCUGAUGCAGGAACAGCUUCCAGACCUGUGGUCCCACUUCCAGGAGCUGAACCUGGAGGCACACAUGUAUGCCUCCCAGUGGUUUCUUACCCUCUUCACUGCCAAGUUCCCUCUGUGCAUGGUGUUCCACAUCACUGACCUGCUGCUCUGUGAGGGUCUAAACAUCAUCUUCAAUGUAGCCCUGGCCUUGCUCAAGACAUCUAAAGAGGACCUCUUGCAGGCAGAUUUUGAGGGCGCUCUCAAGUUCUUCAGAGUCCAGCUCCCUAAACGCUACAGAGCUGCAGAGAAUGCCCGAAGGCUUAUGGAGCAGGCCUGCAACAUCAAGGUUCCGACCAAAAAGCUGAAGAAGUUUGAGAAGGAAUAUCAGACACUGAGAGAGAGCCAGCUGCAACAAGAAGACCCCAUCGACCGAUACCAGAGGGAGAACCGUCGUCUUCAGGAGGCCAGUAUGCGACUCGAACAGGAGAACGAUGACUUGGCCCACGAACUGGUCACCAGUAAGAUCGCCCUUCGGAACGACCUUGACCAGGCAGAAGACAAAGCAGAUGUUUUGAACAAAGAGCUGCUGAGCACCAAGCAACGUCUAGUGGAGACUGAGGAGGAAAAGAGACGACAGGAGGAGGAGACGGCUCAGCUGAAGGAAGUGUUCAGGAGGGAGCUGGAGAAAGCAGAGCUGGAGAUCAAGAAAACCACAGCUAUCAUAGCUGAAUACAAACAGAUCUGCUCCCAGCUCAGCACCAGGCUAGAAAAACAGCAGGCGGCAACAAAAGAAGAGCUGGACAUCGUCAGGAGUAAAGUAAUGGGCUGUGAGCACUGUAGGGACCUGUUCAGCACCCUGGGGACCCUUCAGGCAUCGUCCCCCGGCAGGGACAAGGCAUCCACCGAGCCGCUGGACGAGGAGAAAGACGGGCUGAAGGAGCAGCUGAGGCAGCUGGAGCUGGACCUGGCCCAGACUAAACUGCAGCUGGUGGAGGCCAAGUGCCGCAUCCAGGAGCUCGAGCACCAGCGGGGAGUCCUGAUGAAUGAGAUCCAAGCGGCCAAAAACUCUUGGUUCAGCAAGACUCUGGGCUCCCUGAAGAGCUCUGCCUCCUUGUCCUCCAGCUCUACAUCCCAGACUCCGUCCUCUCCAAAGGAAGGCCCUGCCUAGAUAGCAGCCCCCCGCCCCAGCCCCCUCUCCCCAGCGGGAUGCACACUAGAGCUGAAGAACACAGGUUGAAGAAGCAAGCAGCAGAGAAAAAUGCAGUAUUCCUUUUCCAACCGGUGGCAAAGUGGAGCUUACGAGCUUCUUUGACUGCAAAUAGAUGAAAAGAUGGAGGAAUUAACAGGCGGGCCACUGGACCACCCACCUGUUUUUCUCUUAAUGUUUACGUUUGAGUGAACUAAAAAGUGUCUUGACCUUCUCUGCUUCACAGGUGAUGAUACAGGGGGAGCAUAAGUCAAAAGUGAGGGUUGACUUUGAUUUAAAAGGCCAGGGGUCGCUGCUGACACUGUUUUGUUGAGUUGGAUCUCUAAACUCAUUAUAAAAAAAGCUGAAUUCAUCCAAACAAUGGCAUCCCUCAUUUAGGUCAAUAAUAUAGCUCCACCUUGUGGACAGACAUUGCUACUGCGGCAUUGUAGUCAUAGUCCAAGUGAGAUUAUGUUUUUAUGUAGCUGAGAAUUAAACCUAUCUACAUGAACCAUCCUCAGUGCAGCAAAGCCACAGCACUCUGAAAAAGGAAUACUGCAUCAAGAGUCUUAAACAAGAACAACAGAAAAGUUGUAUUUCUUUAUAGUAAUAUAACGUAAACAAUGUUGUCAUAUAAAUAUGUAUAACUAACUAUUGAUUUUUUUUUUAAUAAUCUUGUACAGUUCUUUAAGAGAAGAAAAAGAAAAAACAUAAUGAAAAGUUCUUUGUUAAGUUUUUUUUCUACUGUUUGGAAUUUGAAUGUCAUCUCACUAGAUGUUGACGUAAGCACAGUGUGUGAUCAAUUUGGUCGAGUCCAAACGCUGAAGAGCCAACGUGACAACGUGUAGAAAUUUUAUUUGUCCCUGCUGUUUUUCCAGUCACGGUUUGAACUGACUUGAGGUUUGUAAUUUCACUCUAAAUUUCCCUGUUUUUAAUUUUUUUAUAUCCAAGUUCCAUCUCAUGCCUGUAAGUCUUUAAUUGGCUUUUUAAAUUCUUUUGCGUGUCACCAUCAUUGUUUUGAAAAGUUUGUUUAUCUGAAAUGACAAGAGAAAAGGGGUACUUCCUGUGGCUGUUUUGUCCUCAUACUUCCAACGAUUCAGUUGGAAUUAGUAGGUAACAGAAUGCCACACAUCUUAUGUAUUGAUGAUAAUAUGAAGUCUCCAAAAUAGUUUGAAAACAUAUAUAAGCUGCAGAUUGACCUCGGUUGUAUAUUUUAAGGUUUACAUUUUUUUGUCCCGAUUAAUCUCAUUUAAAUUGCACCAACAGCCAUUAUAGUUGGGUUUGUGUUCCUCUUUCACGAGAAGUUGUCUUCUGUUCAUUCUUUUACAGAGUGACAAAUGGCUUCCAUUCAGCCAGAUAACAGUCACAGUAAACAAGGUAAAGCUGAGUCUAUCUCUCUGUAUUAAGUAACACUAUGCACAGAAGGUAUUGGAAGUCAUACCCACCUCAUUCCUGUCAUCAAAAUUCAGUAUAGAUAACAGAGUCAGCACACUGAAUUAGGCAAUUUUAGUUUUCUAAUACUGUGUAGGCUCGGAAGUAUCUGUUAAAUAGCACAAUUCAUCCGUAAAUAAACGGCUACCGUAACAUUAAUAAGCAGGAUUAGGUUACAAUAUUCCACAUCAUUGACAAAAAGUCCUGAGGCCAUUUGCAUGGAUGUGCCAACACCUUCUCUUCCCUUUGUCAUGUCAAAUGAAUUCACUAUUUUGUUAUUGUCAUCAGUUUAGCCUAUAAAGGAUGAGAACAUAACAGUGGAUGCCAAAAUCCUCCCUAUGUCCUCGGUGGACUGCUGGCAGUGUUGCUCAGUCAUUACACAUAAGUAUAAACUGAAUGAUAGCAGCAAAAUGGCAGCAUCUUGAAAGCGAGCCAAUGAGAGCAGUUGGAGCUUAAAAGCUAAACAGCAAGAAAUCUGACAGAUUUCUGCAGGAAGUAAAUAUAAAUCACAUAUGCCUGGCAAAUUAGCAUCUCACUUAUAGGUUCAUGAGACUACGUUAUCUUUAGCAAGGGAACGGGCCUCACUUAAAGUGGCUAAAAAGAUCAACCGGAAUACAUCAGCUUUAUUGAGUUUAAAAGAAAUGAAAAAAAAAAAAAAACAGUUCAUACGUACAACAUUGAUAGUUGCUAAUAUGUAAGGACAAAAGGAUGAUUAUGUUUUCUGUACUAAAUUGACAAACAGCAAUUAGCCAAAAAGUCUGUGUUUUGCUGUAACAUGAAUGCACGUUAGCGCUGUUUUAGAAGGCACAAUGCCGCAGUGUCGGUGCCAACGGUCCUGCUUUAUUCUCCACUCUAACUGUCGCUGAAAUCAGCCUUUUGACUCUGACCAAGCCCACGUGUUUGUGUGGGAGAGUGUGUGUGUGUGUUUUUGGAUGUAUGUAUGUAUGUAGAUGUGUGUCCUCCACUGUAAAUCAAGUGGUUGAAGUUGAAACGGCAUCUUCUUCACGUGGCUGCCUUUUCUGUUAAUGACGGCUGAUGAGAGGGAAGCCACCUGACUGUUUGAAAUGUCAGAGAGCGUCAGCUGUGCCAUAAGAUUUUCCCUACUGCUCCGUCCCCAGUGGUCAUCCUCUGUGCUCCCAAUUACCUGAACCAGCUUCGCCGUCAACCGUGUCAUCUGGUCUUGCGGAAAUAUCCGUUGCAUUGCUGCGGAGAAAUCUGCUGCGUUGUUGCAUCAGCGGUGUCCCGUUUCACACAUCUCCACCAGGAGCUUCCCGGUACGACCACCUUCCUCUUGCUGGUGGCCACUGAGCAGCUCCAUGGAGGGAAAUGCACCAAUGUCGUAGAAAGGGAGAAAAAAACGAAGCUGACAGGCUUAAUAUCAUUGAAUUCCAGGUGUGUUUUAUAUUUCCAGUACAUUCCCCCAUUCCCUGUGACAGUUACAGUGUCGUACAACCAGUGUCAUGUAGACUGUGGCCAAGUUGGAAGGAGCUCCCCUCCUUUUGUGCACUAACACAAUAUUGAUAUUUUAAACACUAUUUCAAGACAUGUUUUUGUUUGUUAAAAGUUAUCCUGAGCACAGAGCGUAAUUAUUUUUUAACUGAUGAUUAUUGUCGCUGAGAGGACAGCUGCCAAUUUAUACUCCACUGUAAUUCCAAUUUAAUUUCAAUGAUCAGCAGGUGGUGAGUCGGAUUAGAGGUGUGAUGUGUGUGUAGUUUACAGUUUGCUGUAAUACCACAGUCCUGCUCCUCAGCUGGUGCGACUCCAACACUGUUUGCUGUACAGUAACUGUCUGACCUGUAUUAAUAAAUUUCAGUUUUUCUGUU